AUGGAACCAGAGACCAAGACUCAAAUUUCAGAAUUUCACCUUCUGGGAUUCUCAGAAGAAACAGAACUGCAGCCCAUCAUAUUUGGGCUUUUCCUCUCCAUAUACCUGAUCACUGUGUUUGGAAACCUGCUCAUCAUCUUGGCCAUCAGCUCAGACUCCCACCUCCACACCCCCAUGUACUUCUUCCUCUCCCACCUGUCCUUUGUAGACAUCUUCUUCACCUCCACCACCAUCCCAAAGAUGCUGCAAAGCACUCAGACACAGAGGAAAGUAAUCACCUAUGAAGGCUGCAUCAUCCAGGUGUACUUUUACUUACUAUUUGCAGGAUUAGAUGACUUCCUCCUGACUGUGAUGGCCUAUGACCGGUAUGUGGCCAUCUGUCACCCGCUGAACUACACAGUCAUCAUGAACCCCUGGGUCUGUGGGCUGCUCUUCCUGGUGUCCUGGAUGAUGAGUGCCUUGUUUUCCUUGUUACACAGCUUAGUGAUGCUGCAACUGUCAUUCUGCUCAGACUUGGAAAUCCACCACUUUUUCUGUGAAAUCACAUGGCUGAUCCAACUUGCCUGUUCUGACCCCUUUCUCAACAACGUAAUGGUGUAUUUUGGAUCUGUAAUUCAAGGGGGUUUUCCCCUUACUGGUAUCCUUUACUCUUACUCUAAGAUAUUGUGCUCUAUCUGUGGAAUCUCAGCUCAGGGGAAGUAUAAAGCAUUCUCCACCUGUGCAUCUCACCUCUUGGUUGUCUCCUUAUUUUAUUGUUCGGCCUUAGGAGUGUACCUUAGCUCUGCAGCUAUCCACAGUUCACACGCAAGCGCAAUUGCCUCAGUGAUGAACACUGUGGUCACACCCAUGCUGAACCCCUUCAUCUACAGUUUGAGAAAUAAAGACAUAAAGAGGGCUCUUUUUAGGUUUUUUAUUUUGAAAUGGAAACAUUUAUAA